AUGUCGCAAAUUGCUGACUUCCGAAAUUUCACGAAUGCUCUUCGAACCUUGAACCCAAACUUCAUAAAAUCUGCCAAAGUUAUUCCAAUCAUAUGGAUUCUAGCCAUUGCCAUUUCGGCGAUCUUCCUCCGGCUGCAAAAAUCGUAUUUGCUGUCUUCUCUCGCUAAACCGGCAACUAUAUUGCGAGUGUCGUCUACCAUUGACUUACAGGAUGGAAGCAAUGAUGCAGAAACUUUUCCUGAUGCCUUGACGUCAGGAGCGGUACAUCACAUUGCUUCAAAUAAAGUUUUCCCCCCUUUGUCGACUAUUAUUGACCAAAAUAAUGAAGUCACCGGGGACGCAAGUUUCCUCCUCGAUUUUGCCAUUAUUGGUCAUCCCAAGACAGCCACGAGUUUCAUCCUCCAGUGGCUCGCUUCGCAUCCUGAAAUUCAGACUGAAGUACAUGAAGUGAAUUCGCUAUCUCGGGGGGAUGCUGCGGCAUUAAUCCAGCGUCUCUACAAUCUUCCUAGAGGAAAGCAUUUUAAGCGCGGGUACAAAGCUCCCCGCGAUAUAUUGUUACCCAAAGCUAUGAAUGCAAUUGCUCAAUACUGGCCCAAUACGGGUUUGAUUGUUGGUGUGCGCCAUCCUGUUCUUUGGUUCGAGAGUUUCUAUAAUUUCUUAUUGGGUAAGACAAAUCGUUCAGACCGCUUUGAGCAAAAGCUGUUGAACACAAGCCCCUUGGGCGGUCAGUUGGGCGGAUUCAAGACUAUCAAUAAGCCUUUUCCAAACAAAGUUUUUCUGUACGAACUUGGCCAACUGUACGACUCAAACCAUACGCGACGAGACCAAUACCGACUUGAUGUGAGUUCGUUUCUAGGCCUGAAAGAGCCUUUGUCUCCCAUCAAGGACGGCCAUAAAAGUAGAAAUGCGAAAUGGGCCUUGGAUAUAUGCGAGCCUCGAUACACUGCUCUUAGAGGAUCUUUGAUGAAUAUAGCACGGCCGGCUUCCAUCUGGAUACGAGAGUACUUCUUGCGGAGCCCCGAUGUUAUGGUUUCGUCCCAACAGCACUUCAAAGAUCUUUUGGGUAGCUGGCUUAAAGAUCCUUGUGAAGACUUGUAA